CCUACAGGAUAGUUCAGUUGUUUCCUGAAGCUCAGAAAAAGAGCUUUUGACUACCCAGAGGCUACAAACCUUCACUCAUGGUGCUGCAGUACGGCUUCCAGGUUUGUACGCCGACACUUAAACAUACUUAUAAAAUCUGAUUACUGUGGACCUACAACCUCAGCUUAUGGGCUACCUCUGCACCUUUCCUGUACAACACUGAAUAGAAAACCAAGUAAUUCAAGAACACAAGAGAAUGGAAUAUGUCCUAGGGCUGUCUUGUUCCACCUGUUCUGAAUGAAUAUCUGAUGCGACAGUCAAAGGAUAUUUUCUGUAGCUUCCAAGUCCAAAUCUGAUUUCAGGAAUGUUUUCUGAAAAGCAGAGCAUCACUCAAAGCCUGAAAUAUGACGUACAGCGGACAUCUGCAGAAGUUGUCACACACUGAGAAUGUGGAAAGCCGGCAAAGCUGUUCUGAAUAACUCACAUUACUAAAGCCAUCUAUCUUCCUGGUAACAGAAUGAAGCACUCCUGAAAUUUCUAAGGAUAUGAUGCAAAGAAAAGAAGAAUCCUGAUGCUGGGUGUACAACAAAAGAAAGUUUAUUAUAUAAUUUACUGGAUAUUGAGAAAAAAUAAAGGCACCUUUUCUAGUUUACUGGAGAAGCAACACCAUUGAUGACUAGCAGCAUUUAAGAAUGAGAAAACAGAGGUAGCAGGCAUUUCAAGAACACUUGCAGCAGUGAAAACUUAUUUAUCUGCAGCAUGAAUGUUACUACUCGUUUCCAUGGUGAAAGGCAGGAUACACCCCUCUUCAGCUCAUCUGUAAGGAUUGUUUGGCCAAUAAGCUACACCCAUUAUAAUCAGCUGUGCAUCAGCGUGCCUACUUUCUCUCUCUGCUGCUAAUCCAGACAUGGUCCAUGAAGAAACAUAGAACAAGUCCCAAAGAUUUUCAUGACAUGUUUGCCAGUGAAAGGGUGAAGAAGAAAAAACUCUACCACUAAAACAUCUGAAAAGAAAAACAAUCUCAUAUUAAAAUAUUCAUAUCUCAAUCAUUUAUAGGAAAUUUAAAAAGGCACAUUUGAAAAAUAAUGAUAUUUUAAGUUACUCUGAUUUUUUUUUCAUCCGAAAAAGCACUCAUCAUUAACAUAUAUAUGGAAAAUUGUAGCAAAAUGAAACCCGAUUAACUAAAGAUACAUUAUUAAGCAUGAUUUAUUUUAACCACCGAAGGAACUGACUGAAAUUCCUGUUCAGAAAAUGUCCCUUAAUCCUGGCUUCACCUGGAUUCCAAAAGCCAGUUAUGAAAUAAUGAACAAUAUAUCUCAAGGAAGCUGUGGUGUAGAUUCAAUGAUAGAUCAUGUUUUUCCUCCAACCCUGUAUAUCAUAGUAAUUGUGUUUGGAUUACCAACAAACUGUAUGGCAUUAUGGGCAGCCUACUUACAAGUUAAGCAAAAGAAUGAGCUAGGAGUUUACUUAAUGAACCUGUCAAUUGCUGAUCUCCUCUAUAUUGCUACACUACCACUUUGGAUUGACUAUUUUCUGCACUAUGACAACUGGAUCCAUGGUCAAGAGUCCUGUAAGCUUUUUGGAUUUGUUUUCUACACCAAUAUUUAUAUUAGCAUUGCUUUUCUCUGUUGCAUUUCUGUUGAUCGUUACCUUGCCGUUGCCCACCCACUGAAGUUUGCUAAAGCAAGGCGAGUGAAAACAGCACUAGGUGUCAGCAUUGUAGUUUGGAGUAUUGAAAUCUUUGCCAACUCAGCUCCACUGUUUCAUGACGAAUUGUUUAUGGAUCGCUACAACCAUACUUUCUGUUUUGAAAAAUAUCCAAUGGAGAGCUGGGUGGCAUGGAUGAACCUGUACAGGAUCUUUGUAGGUUUUCUUUUUCCAUGGUCACUAAUGUUGUUCUCAUAUGUGCGAAUCUUAAAAGCUAUCAGGGGCAAUGUUUCCACUGAGAGGCAAGAAAAGGCAAAAAUUAAAAAGCUGGCACUUAGCCUUAUUAUUAUCGUAGUCUUUUGCUUUGCCCCUUACCACAUAAUUCUGCUGUCGCGCAGCAUUGCCUAUCUAAUCGCACCAGGCGACUGCAGCUUUGAGGAGAAGGUAUUUACUGCCUACCACACCUCGUUAGCAAUGACAAGUCUCAAUUGUUUAGCUGACCCCAUUCUGUACUGCUUUGUCAAUGAAGGAGCCAGGAGUGAUGUCACAAAGGCAAUGUCCCAGAUAAUUCGCUUUUUCUCUAGUAACAAGCCAAGGGAACUUUCAAAUGCAUCUCUCAGUCUGGAAACUCCACUGUCCACCAAAAAGACUAAUCUUAGCUUUUACAAUAAUUCUGAAAUGGUUGUACUGAAGGAGGAACAUCUGCAGAUGAAUAUAUUGACUUAAGCUACUAACAUGUUUUUUGACAUUGUUAACUAUAUUUUGAGGUACAUUUGUGCAUGUUACAUGCACACUUAGAAUUUUCAAUUUUUAAUUAACUUACAAGAGAAAUGCUGUUUUUAACUUGUAAAAAAGGAGUUGCUAUGUGGAGCAAUGAGUUCAUUAUACAGAGGCACUGAAAAUGUCAGGCAAGAUACAUUGACAAUCCAUUAAGUUACUCUUCCAUCAAUAUGGUUCCUGUGUUUUGAGGAUCAUCUGCAGCUGCUAUUUAUUAUGACGUACAAAAUAAAAAGUAAAAUCCUUAUACAAUUGCUGCUUAAGACAGGUAUAUGGUAUUAGUCCUAAUAGGCAAGAAAUACAUUGUUGUUCACUCAGUUAAGGAUUCUUGAAGAUUGACGAGCUGAGACCCAUGUAAGAUCAAUGCACAAUGAGACGAGGAAAUGUUUCACUCUGAAUGGUUGUAUUUGUUACAAUUAUCUUAUGAAAUGAACUCUGUAUUCUUUAUGGCAUGCAUUUCUAUAAGGGUUUUUCACAAAUCUAUUUUCUAAUUUCAAAUUUCUUACAAUCCUAGGACUAAAAUGAAUCAGACUGAUAUUUUCUCCCUGCCAUGCCCUUUAAUAUGCCUCUAUCAUGGCACUGUUACUAGCCUGUCAUGUCAUUAUUACUUAAAGAUUACCCAGAGAGUUUAUGGAAACUGUCACCCUGCAUAAGAUAAUAACUAUGGAACACACAACUUGGAAAUUACAGUUGCUUUAUGCUGUAAGAAGAUGUGGAAUUUAACAGUAGACUUGAUUUUUAAGCCAAGACUCUGACAUCCUUGAGUGCAUACUGGUAACAUCUCUCUCCCCCUUUUGGCUUACUCACACAGUGCUAAUUAAGUGACAACUUGUAAAACAAUACAUCAUGUUCAAGUAUUUCAUGUAUGUUGUAUUACAGGGAAUAUCUCCAUGUUCUUCUUGCUGUGCAAUUUAGUUUGCACCCGGCCUAUACAUAUAAUUAUGAAUCCUGUAAUGUAUUUUAUCACUGUCACCUAUAAAGAGAGAACUGAUCAGCUUCUAGGAGAAAAAAAAAAAAGAAAUAAACUGUAGUUAGUACCAGAAUUCAAUAACAGUGAUAAGAACUAAGAAUGCUAACUAUUUUACUCAUGUCUGUCAUACUAAACAAGUAAAAUAACAUGAAAUUUCAAAUUUUAUAAAGAAAACUCAAAGAGGAACAGUAUUACUGGUCAUUCUCACUGAAAGCAAUUAAAUAAUAGUGGUCUUAAGCCAUUUAAAUAAAACAGAGGUACCAGAGUAAGUCCACUUUUAGGUUCAUAGGUUCAUAGAUUAGUACUAAGCUAACUGCCCUUGUGAGCCAUUUUAAGCCUAGCCAAUUAUCCCUUG